UAUCCGAAACUCGUUUCGCUGUUCCACAUCUUGCUCCAAACCGAAACUUGGAUUAUUCAACAUUUAUUUAGUCUGUCAUUCGACUAAUUUACGAAUCCUGCUGUGUGUUCUGAUUUGUUUUCUUGUUUACGGAGCGUCUAACUCGAUAAGGUUUUAGCUUGUUAUGCGAGGAGGUUGUUUAUUUCGACUCGUAAUGCAAUAUUCUUGUUGGACAACUUUCUUGGUAUUAGUGGGUGUUUGGUCAAGUGAGGCACAAGAAUGCGGUCGGCCACCUCUGCAGUCCAGGAUAGUGGGUGGGUUUGAUGCAUCUGAAGGUCACUGGCCAUGGCAGGUGGAUAUUCAGACUUCUCAAGGACAUGUUUGUGGAGGAACACUCAUCUCUGUGGACUGGGUGCUGUCUGCAGCCCACUGUUUCCCAAAUCCGUCCGACACCUCUGCAUACAUUAUCUACGUGGGGAGGCUAAGUCUGAAUGGCUGGAACCCGUAUGAGAUGUCAAGGCGCAUCACUAAGGUGAUAGUGCCUUAUGGGUACACAGACCCACAGUUGGGACAGGACAUCGCCCUCGUGCAGCUGUCCUCCUCGGUCACCUGGUCUGACCACAUCCAGCCCAUCUGCCUUCCCAACUCGGACAUGGUGUUCCCGCCUGGUACAGAGUGCACUAUCACUGGUUGGGGUGACAUCCGAGAUGGGGUCUCUCUGCAGGGGACGGGGACACUGCAGCAGGUGCAAGUGCCAAUCAUUGGUCAAUCAGACUGCCAGGAAAUGUUUCAGAUCGGGGCCACAGAGGAAGUUAAUAUUCGCUAUGAUAUGCUCUGUGCUGGCUACCAGCAGGGUGGCAAAGACUCCUGCCAGGGGGAUUCAGGGGGCCCUCUGGUGUGCCAGACUUCUAAUGGCACUUGGGUACAGGCUGGAAUUGUAAGUUUUGGUCUGGGUUGUGCUGUGGCCAACCGGCCAGGAGUCUAUGCCAGGGUGUCGUCCUUUUCCAGCUUUGUCACCACGAACGUAAGGGAACUGCAACUCUAUGGUGGAGCACGUCAGAACUGGGCUGGCUGGGCUGCAAUUGUGACCAGGACUUUAUUUGCACUGACAUUGGCGCAGUUACUGAGAUGAAUUUUCCUUAUGAAGUACCAAAAGAAUGAAAAUUAAAUGAGAAAUCAGAAACGAGAGACAAAGAGGCCAUAUUGUGUACAUAAAACACAGUUCUCAUUUUUUCCAUUUCCCUUUGCUGGGCAGAACUCUCGAAAGCAGAACCUCCUCUAGCCUAACAGCCAUUAGAGAAGCCAUCAUUUUAGUUCCAACUGACAUUCAGUUUUAACAUUGAAACUGUGAGCAUGAAAAUGUCGUUCAAGAAAUCAGAAAACCCAACAUAUGACUGUCAGAUUUACAUUUAAGUAAUUUAACAGUUUUAGCAUAGAUUUAACAAAAUAUUUCUUAGAGAAAUAAAUAGCUAUGUUUUUAAUGAACUGGCCUGUGAUGAUUUGAUGUAAAUAAACAAUAGUUUUAAAAUUGA